GAGAAGCCAAAAAACUCCCCCGCUCAAUUAAUUCUUCCAUACUGCAGAAUUCGAGGAUCCCGCGAAAUCGGGGAUCAGAAUUUUGUCAUCAUGGCUGGAGGUAUGAAAAAGUCGACCAAGAAGUUCGAGAAGAAGCAUCUCAAGGAUACCCUCGAACGGCGCAAGGCCCACGCGAAAGUCAAGCAGCGAUAUCAGCAAAAAGACAAGCGAAAGGCGGACAAUGCCAGACAGCGCGCAGAAAUUGAUGAGGCCAAUCCGGAAGACCCCGAGCAGGUCAAGAAGCAAGAUGCCUUUUCUCAGAUGAACGUUGACGACUUCUUUGCUGGCGGUUUUGACAUUACCGAAGGCGACGCAGACCAGAACAAGAAAGCACAGAAGAAGGACGUUACCCCUAAGACCGGAAAGCGCAAGAGGACUGCAGAGGCACAGGCAGAGGGCGAUGAUGGUUCAGAAGCCUCGAGUGCAGAGGAAGAUGGUGCCCCCAAGAGCGACGAUGACGAUGCUGCCUCCGCUAGCGGUUCCGACGACUUCGAGACACACAAGGGUCAACUGGAAGCAUUGAAGGAGAAGGAUCCGGAGUUCUACAAGUAUCUUAAGGAGAAUGAUUCCGAAUUGCUCGACUUCGAGGACCAUGGAGAUCUCGCUGAGGUUGACGAUCUGAGUGAGGCCGAAGAAGAGGGUCCGGCUAAGAAAAAGAAGAAGGGCAAGACAGCGAAAGAAGACGAUGAGGUGGAGAUGGUCGACAACACGCUCACCAUUCCGAUGGUGAAGAAGUGGCAGAAGUUGAUGGAGGAACAGAACUCGGUCCGCGCCAUGCGACAAGCCGUUCUCGCUUUCCGUUGCGCAGCGUACAUCGACGAGGCCGACAGCCAGGACCAAAAGUACUCGAUCUCAGACCCCAAUGUAUACCACCAGGUGCUCGUCACAGCUCUCGGCACAGUUCCCAAGGUUCUGGCACACCACCUCCCCGUCAAGGAGACCGCUGGCGGCAAAGUCAAGGUGUCUCUGGACUCGAAGAAGUUCAAGACUCUUACCUCGCUCAUCAAGUCUCACACAUCGUCUGUCCACCAAUUGCUCACCAACCUGACCGAUGCCCAAACGCUGAAGUUGACCCUUUCGUCUAUUGAGCCUAUGCUUCCUUAUCUCCUCCAGUUCCGAAAGUUGCUGAAGGUUCUCGUUAAGACAGUCGUUGCCAUUUGGGCUGAUGUUUCCACCGGUGAGGCAACACGAAUCACAGCAUUCCUCCUUCUGCGACGCCUUAUGGUUCUGGGAGACUCCGGAAUCAAGGAGUCAGUUCUCAAGGCCACCUACGAAGGAGUUGUCAAGGGCAGUCGCAACACCACCGUCCACACCCUCGCAGGUGUCAACCUGAUGAAGAACUCGGCCGCAGAGCUCUGGGGCCUUGACCAGAACAUCUCUUACACAACGGGCUUCAGCUUCAUCCGUCAACUGGCCAUGCACCUUCGCAGCAGCAUCACCAACACCUCCAAGGAGUCGUACAAGACGAUUUACAACUGGCAGUACACCCACUCGCUCGACUUCUGGUCGCGUGUCCUCUCGCAACACUGCGACGGCCUCGCCGAAGCCCAAGCCGGCAAGGAAUCCGCUCUGCGCCCCCUCAUCUACCCCGUCGUCCAGAUCACCAUCGGUGCCAUGCGCCUCAUCCCCACAGCGCAGUACUUCCCCCUCCGCUUCCAGCUCACCCGUGCCCUCCUCCGUCUCUCCCGCUCAACGGGAACCUACAUCCCCCUGGCCUCCUCCCUCCUGGAAGUCCUCAGCUCCGCGGAGAUGCGCAAACCCCCCAAGUCCAGCACCCUCAAACAACUCGACUUCUCGACCGCCAUCCGAGCUCCCAAAUCCUACCUCCGCUCCCGCGUCUACCAAGACGGCGUAGGCGAGCAAGUCGCCGAGCUCCUCUCCGAGUUCUUCGUCUUGUGGUCCAAACACAUCGCCUUCCCUGAACUCUCCGUCCCCGUCGUCGUCAGCCUCAAACGCUGGUUGAAGCAGGUCGGCUCGCGCAACGGCGGAAACAAGAACACCAAGAUUAACCAGAUGCUCUUGCUACUGGUGCAGAAGAUCGAGGCCAACGCCCGCUGGAUCGAGGAGCGUCGGUUGACCGUCUCCUACACACCGCGUAACCGCGCCGAGGUCGAAACCUUCCUCAAGGACGUCGACUGGGAGUCCACCCCUCUCGGUGCAUUCGUCAAGUCCCAGCGCAAGCUGAGAGAAGAGAGAGCCGCUAUCCUCGAAGAGAGCAGACGCGAAGAGGAGAGACGGAGAGCCGACGAGAAGAAGGCCGACAAAGACCAAGUGAUGAAGGACGCAGGAAGUGACGACGAUUCUUCUUCCGACGAAGAGGAAAACGAAGAAGAAGAUGAAAUUGAAGAAGAGGAAGAAGAGGAGGAGGAUGAGGAGGAGGAUGAGGAGGAGGAUGAGGAUGAGCUUGAGAUGGAAGAAGAAUAGACGUCUCUUUUUUUAAGUUUCUUUUGUCUACUGGGUCAUUACUUUCUUGGUGUUUUUUUCAUGUUUCGAAUCCAAUUGUCUUGUAACUAACUAUCCGGACAUGCCUAAAAGAAUCAUGCUUUCAUAGAUCUUGAUAUCAAUACAAAAGUUGAAAUUCAGGAUGAUCAAAUCCGUCGCUUU